AUGUUGAUUGCGCGCGGCCGGCGCUCGUCGGAGGAGGUGGGAGCGGCCGCGGAGGGGGAGCUGUCGCAGCGCCUCGUCAACAAGCAGAUGGUGCUGCCCUUCGUGCCACCCAGGUUCCCCAGCGCCGCCUCGCACGGCGACGCGCUUAUCAAGCCCUCCGAGUACCUGCGCUCGCUCGGCGGCGUCAAGCCCGCCCCGCCCGCCCUGCGCCGUCAACGGGGCCCUGCACCAGUCGCACGCGCCCACCCCCGCAGUCCCUGCCCCGCCCCGCCCCGCCCCGCCCCGCGCCUCCCGCACCGGCCUCCGCCUCCGCCCCCGCCCCCGCUCCACUCAGCGGCGCCGCCGACGACGACGAAAGACGACCACCCACCACAGCGCGCACGAAGACGCCAG